AUGGCUGUGUUUGAUAUUGCGUCGGAAAAUGCGAAUGACGAAAUCAGCAACUUCCAAAUGGGCAGAUACGCCAGUACUAAUGAAGCACUGUGGCGAUUAUUGUCAUUUGAAAUUCAUGAAAGAUAUAUCCCAGUAGUACAUUUAGCAGUGCAUUUGGAAAAUGGCCAAAGAGUGUACUUCACUGAGGCUAAUGCGGCACAACGAGCUGAGAGACCACCAUCGACAACAUUGACUAGCUUCUUUGCAAUGUGUGAAGCAGAUCCAUUCGCAGCGACGCUGAUGUACGUUGAAAUGCCCAAGUAUUACACUUGGAAUCAAUCAACAAAGAAAUUCCAACGUCGCAAACAAGGAACCCCAGUUCCAGAUUGGCCACAGGUGUUUUCCACUGAUGCACUAGGUCGCAUGUAUACUGUUCAUCCUAGAAAUGAUGAAUGUUUCUAUUUGCGACUACUGUUGGUAAAUGUACGUGGACCAAAAUCAUUUGCGCAUUUGAAAACUGUAAAUGGCCACCAAUGCCAAACGUAUCGAGAAGCAUGUCAACUUUUGGGUUUGCUGGAGAACGAUUCUCAUUGGGAUUUCACACUUGCGGAUUCAGUUGUUUCAUCAAAUGCGUACCAAAUACGAACGCUGUUCGCAAUUAUCAUCACCACAUGUUUUCCUUCACAACCAAUUCAGUUAUGGAACAAAUACACAGACGACAUAUGUGAAGAUAUCUUGCAUCGCUUGUGCAUUCAAACGAAUAAUCCUGACACCCAAAUAACCGAUGAAAUCUACAAUGAAGGAUUGAUUCUGAUUGAGGAUCAAUGCUUGACUAUCGCAAACAAGCUACUGAUUGAAGUAGAAAUGAUUGCGCCAAAUCGAUCGAUGCACGAUGCAUUCAACCAAGAAUUAAAUCGAGAGCUGCGAUACAAUGUUGAUACAUUGCAGGAAUUCGUUCGAAAUAAUGUGCCGUUGCUGAAUGAACAGCAAAAACAAGUAUACGAAACAUUAAUGCAAGCGGUGGACAAUAAUACCGGUGGUCUAUUCUUUCUGGACGCACCCGGAGGAACAGGAAAAACAUUUGUCAUUUCAUUGAUUUUGGCCACUAUUCGAUCAAGAUGUGACAUAGCUUUGGCGUUAGCAUCAUCUGGAAUUGCGGCGACUCUUUUAGAUGGCGGUCGUACUGCACAAUCUGCGCUUAAGUUGCCACUCAAUUUAAACACAAUUGAUACUCCAACAUGCAAUACUUUCCGAUCCAGUGCAAUGGAAAAAUUGUUGAUGCGAUGCAAGCUCAAUGUUUGGGAUGAGUGCACAAUGGCACGUAAGAAAUCACUUGAAGCACUUAACUUCACACUGAAGGAUCUUCGGCGAAAUAACAACAUCUUUGGCGGCUUGAUGAUAUUGUUGGCAGGCGAUUUCAGGCAGACGUUGCCAGUAAUUCCCCGUAGAACGCCCGCAGAUGAAUUGAAUGCUUGCCUGAAGGCAUCACCUGUAUGGAAUAACGUAGAAAAAAAUCGCUAA